AACCUAACCUUCGCAACCAAAUGUCAAAGUUAGUGAUACGCUUUAUUUUUGUCCACAAAUUAACUCCACCAAGGAACCGGUACACUGGAUCUGGACCGUAGCGAUGGACUCAAACAAGGUGACGGUGAUGCUGCCAAAUGCCCGGAGGCAGAUUGUCAGGGUUAACCCCAAUAAAACAGUGCUCGAGAUCCUGGAGGAAGCAUGCCAGAAACACGGCUUGUCCAGCAACGACUACGACCUGAAGCACCACAACCGGAUACUGGACUUGACACAAAUGUUCCGAUUCGCUGGACUACCCAACAAUUGCCUCCUGGAAAUGGUGGAGGCCACCCAAAAGCGGGCGGAAUCCGACGUAGUGCUCUGCUUCCAGUUAGAGGAUGGAACCAGGCCACAAGCGACUUUUAAUCCCUCUCAAACGCUGCUCGAAGCUCUUAAAGAACUUUCCCCCGGCAGUACAGCGUCUGGCAAGAAUCCAGUCGUGAUAUAUAUGCGGAAAGAGAUAUACGGUGAUUCGCUGGCAAGUACCACACUGAGGAGUCUUGGAAUAACAGGUGGCAGGGCGAUGCUACGGGUGGUCGAUAAGAAUCCGGAAGAAUUGAAAACACAAGCUAAUGUGUACGUUCCACCGGCUAAAGAUGUAGAUACACCAAUUGACAAACCUCAGGUCAAACGUCCGACUAAGAAAACAGAAGGUACGAAACCAGCUAACGAGUUUGUUACAGCAAUAAAACAGAUGAAACAAGAAUCAGUGAAAAAAGAACCAGCCGAAAUCGAUACUAAAAUGGACGUUGACCAAGAAGAGGAGGAGAUGGAGGCUGAUACUCAACCGAAGAAGUACGAAUGGGGUUCUGCAGGCAACACUCUAACUGGAAGGAAAGUAGGUCCGGAAUCAGCAGAAGACAAUUCAGAAAUGUUCGACGAAAUUGACGAGAAAGACAUAGAAGAAGUCGAAGCCCAGAUUUGCAUCCUAGGGGAAAGAAAUGCUGUACUGUUUUCAUUGAAUGAAGCUCAACGGGUACCUGACGAUCUGCCAGAUGCAUUUUUCGAGUUGACCGUACAAGACUUACAAUACCUUCUGCGGGAUCUUAAACGGCAAACCGAGGAGCAUAACGACGCCCCUCUUCUUACCGAGAAACUGCGAGACCUUGAAAAUAGCAAACGGGUCCUAAAUAAAAUUGGACAGUACAAGAAAAGUGUCAUUCGUGUGCAAUUCCCCAACCGCCUGGUGCUGCAAGGGACGUUUUCACCAAUCGAAACAAUAGAGACUGUUCAGGAAUUUGUUAGAAACUACAUUCAAGAUAGCAAUUUGAAGUUUUACUUGUUCACAAUUCCACCAAAAACUAUAAUACCAACCGAUAAAACUUUAGUGGAAGCGGAUUGUGUUCCAACUGCAAUUCUGCAUUUCGGAACGGACGAGAACGUUUCAGGUGACAUUCUGAAAGCAGAAUAUUUGGAAAAGUUGACAACUCCUGACGGAGCUGUUCUCGCUGCUUCACGAUCGCGGGGUCUGACUUCGAUAAAAAAGAAACAAACUGAUCCACAACAAGAACGAAAUCAACCUGGACCGUCAACAGGAGCAAUUCCGAAACAGCCGAAAGCCGAGCGUUUUAAAGAAUCAUCCGCAGCUCAUAAACCCUCUGGGGUAGUGCCUAAGUGGUUCAAACCAACAGGAAAAUAAAUCGUGUACAUCAGGGUUAAUUUUUUGAAUGUAAUUUAAGUUUUGUUAUGGCUUUAUAUUCGUAAAAUAAAUUUAUGAAAAUGGUGAAAUAA